AUGGGUCAACUGAUUAUUAAAGCUCUCAACUCUCUUCAAAGCAAAAAAGAAAGAAGAAUAUUGAUGCUUGGAUUAGAUGCUGCUGGUAAAACUACAGUUCUUUACUAAAUGAAACUUAAAGAAUAAGUACAAAGUGUUCCAACUAUUGGAUUUAAUGUCGAAUCUGUUGAAUAUAAAAACCUCAAAUUUACUAUUUGGGAUAUUGGUGGUUAAUGGAAACUCAGACAAUUAUGGCAUCACUAUUUCUAGGGUAACAAUGCUCUAAUUUACGUUUUAGAUUCCACAGACGCUGAGAGAAUGAAAGAUGCUAAAUAAGCUUUAGAGAUGGUACUAGAAAGCUAAGAUAUGGCUGGUAUCCCAGUUUUAAUCCUUGCUAAUAAACAAGAUAUUGCUGUUAUGAGUUUGAGUGAAAUCUAAGAAAAACUUUAAUUACAUACAAUUAAAGGAAUCGGUUAAUGGUAUAUAUAAGGAUGUUGUGCCCUAAAUGGCGAAGGAAUUUAUGAUGGCUUUGACUGGUUAUCAAAAGUUUUAAAUUAAUAAUAAAAGUGA